ACUUCCUCCUCUGGCUGACGGUCAUGUGACCUCGCUUCCUUUAGCUCCUCAGACAGAAAGUUCUCUCAAGUUAGAAGUUUGUAUUUUUGGUAAUAUUCCUGGUUCUGAACGGAGCACCGACAUGGUAGAACAAGGUAUCGUGGUCGCUGUAACUGUUAUGACCCUGUUUUGGGGCAUUGUUGGAGGAGUGGUGCCGUGGUUUAUUCCCAAAGGACCAAACAGAGGAGUGAUUGUUACCAUGUUGGUAUUAACGGCAGUCUGCUGUUACCUGUUCUGGUUAAUAGCAUAUCUGGCCCAACUGAACCCACUUCUUGGGCCCCAACUCUCCGUUGACACCAUAUGGUACCUGUACCAUCACUGGUCUUGAUUCACCUCAUCAGGAC